CAGCAUGGCGCCUCUCAAAUAAUUUCCCUCUUUUUCUGACCACGUUGAGGACUUGAGGAACGUUGUUUGAUUAAAAUAUUUAAAAUGACGAAUAAAAUAUUGAAAAGGAAACAAAAAGUUGAAGAGAAAGAAGCAGAAAAACAAGAUGAACCGAAAAAGAUGUCAGAUGAACCACCUGCUAAAAAGGUGAAAUGGAUUAACAGACAACGAGUAUUAGUCUUUGCUACUCGAGGUAUCAAUUAUAGGCAUCGACAUCUUAUGGAUGAUUUGAAAAAACUAAUGCCACACCACCGUCCAGAGUGCAAAAUGGAACGAAAUAAAAAUUUGCAAGUAGUGAAUGAAAUGUGCGAGAUAAAGAAUUGUAAUAAGGCUAUCUUGUUUGAAGGUCGAAAAAAGCGCGAUCUUUACAUAUGGUUUGCUAAUGUACCUACCGGUCCAAGUGUGAAAUUUCUUAUAGAAAACAUUUAUACAAUGGGGGAACUAAAAAUGACAGGAAACUGUUUGAAGGGAUCGCGCCCGUUAUUAUCCUUCGACGAAAAUUUCACCACACAUGCUCAUUAUAGUCUUUUAAAAGAACUAUUAACACAGAUUUUUGGCGUACCAAAUCAUCAUCCUAAAAGCCAGCCAUUUUUUGAUCAUGUAUAUACAUUUAGCGUUUUGGAUAAUAGGAUCUGGUUUCGAAAUUUUCAAAUUUUAACUGAAGACGGUGGAUUAGCCGAAAUUGGACCAAGAUUUGUUCUGAAUCCAGUCAAAAUAUUUGCUGGAAGUUUUGGUAGUGAUACUUUAUGGGAUAAUCCACAUUAUAUUUCUCCCGCCAAGUAUCGGCAAUCGUUGACAAAAAGAGCUGCCAAUAAAUAUAUAAAUAGGGUGGAACAGAAAAUGGCACAAGAGGCAAACAAGCCUGAUGAAUCUUAUGCACUUAAUCCUACAGACGAGAUAUUUAAGGGCGAUUUAUUGGAGAAGGCAAAAGAAAUAGAAAAAAAACUUGAGGCAUUUGAUAAAAGUGAAAAUACGGACAAGAUUACAAAAAAAGAUAAAAAUAAGGUAAAAAAGAUAAAAAAGAAGUCUGUAGUACCUAAAAACAUUAAAAAAGGA